ACACUCACAUCCGGGACUUUGCGGGGAGUCAUUUGUGCGCAGGCGCAGUAUCUCCGGUGGUUCGACCUCUGCUUUCGAAAGUCCCGGGCCCCUCAAAAGCACAUAAAGCUCAAAAUGUUCACCUGCGCAAAGUUCGUCUCCACACCCGCUCUGGUGCGUGCAAGCUCCCGUGCCCUAUACAGACCAAUUUCUGCUGCUAUACUGUCCAGACCAGAGGUCAAACCAGAGGUCAGUGCUGCUGUCCUGCCUCAGUCACCCAUCACUCAGUUGGCCCUCAGAAGCUUCCAGACCAGUGUUGUGAGCCGCGACAUCGACACUGCUGCCAAGUUCAUCGGUGCUGGAGCUGCCACCGUGGGAGUGGCUGGAUCCGGUGCUGGAAUCGGAACUGUGUUCGGUAGCCUCAUCAUCGGUUAUGCCAGGAACCCAUCUCUAAAGCAGCAGCUCUUCUCUUAUGCCAUCCUGGGCUUCGCUCUGUCUGAAGCUAUGGGGCUCUUCUGUUUGAUGGUUGCUUUCUUGAUCCUGUUCGCCAUGUAAAAACCUGCUAGUUGUGUAAACUUAUUUAGUACAGUUGUGACUACAUAUUUUUGCUGUUGCCACCAAAAUGUCUGCUGUACGUCUCCACGGGAGAAAAAAAUCAACAAGUAUGAUGUCCACUCUCUCAAAAGAAAUCAUGUAACAAUUACAUUUUGUUUAAUUAUUUAAACCUGAAGUGAUGAUCAUGCCCGUUUAAUGAAAAAGGCAACAAAAGGCAUCAUUGAUCUAAAGAACUUGAAAGCACUUUCUGUACAUCAGAAUUGGGGAAAAUGUAGUGCUUUUGUGUAGACUGUAAGGGUCCACUCUGAAUGUGUGGUCGAUUAGAAUGACUACAUUUAUAGCAGUUAAAGCUAGUUAAAAAAACCUUAAUUGCUUUUGUAAAUUGCAUUAAAAAACAUUUAAGUCACAGUU